AUGCGCGCUCUGGCUUUUGGUCUUCUUUAUAUGCUCCUCUGGCUUGAGCCUGCAGAGGCUCAGUUCCCCCGAGUGUGCUGCACAGUGGAGGGGAUCGUGUCCAAGCAGUGCUGCCCGGCUCUGGGCUCAGAUUCUGCCGAUGUGUGCGGCUCUCUGUCCGGCAGAGGAAGUUGCUCGGCUGUCAGAGUCGACAGCAAACCCUGGGGAGGACCGUACAGGUUGAGAAAUGUGGAUGACAGAGAGAGGUGGCCCACUAAAUUCUUCAAUCAGACUUGCAGAUGUACCGGUAACUUUGCAGGUUAUGACUGUGGGCAAUGCAAAUUUGGCUGGACCGGACCAAACUGUGACCAGAGGAAAGCCCCCGUGGAGCGGAAAAACAUCCACUCGCUGACCCCCGAAGAGCUGCAGGAGUUCCUCAAUGUCCUGGAACUGUCUAAGACCACCACCCAGCCAGACUACGUCAUUGCCACCCAGCAUUGGCUGGGACUACUGGGACCAAAUGGAACUGAGCCCCAGUUUGCCAACAUUUCCAUCUACGACUUCUUUGUCUGGCAACAUUACUAUUCUGUCCGAGACACUCUUCUGGGCCCCGGUCGUCCGUUCAAAGCCAUUGAUUUCUCACACAAAGGACCAGCAUUCAUCACCUGGCACAGGUAUCACCUCCUCAGCUUGGAAAGAGAGUUACAGAGAUUGACUGGCAACGAGAACUUUGGGAUCCCAUACUGGAACUUUGCCACGGGGCAAAGGGACUGUGAUGUUUGUACUGACUCUCUGCUGGGGGGCCGCAACCCAGACAACCCGUCCCUCAUCAGCAACCAGUCCAGGUUCUCCAGAUGGGGGGUGGUAUGUGACAGUUUGGACGAGUACAAUCGCCUGGUAACUCUUUGUAAUGGCACCAGUGAGGGAUCCAUUCAGAGAGGGGUAAUGGGGGGAAGUAACAUGUCUCUGCCCACCAUGACUGACGUCAGAAGCUGCCUUGGAAUCAGAGACUUCGACAGCCCUCCAUACUAUACCAACUCCUCCUCUAGUUUCAGAAAUGCUCUCGAGGGGUAUGAAAAACCAGAUGGAGAACUGGACGAAUCAGUCAGUAACCUUCACAACCUGGUCCACUCCAUGCUCAAUGGAACCAGCGCUUUGUCUCACUCUGCAGCCAACGACCCCAUCUUCCUGGUGCUCCAUGCUUUCACCGAUGCCAUUUUUGACGAGUGGAUGAAAAGAUUCGUUCCAUCCAACGCCACCUUCCCAGAUGAGAUGGCCCCCAUUGGUCACAACAGGGACUACAACAUGGUUCCCUUCUUCCCUCCGAUCACCAACGAGGAGAUAUAUGUUUCGUCUGAGCAGUUGGGAUACUCUUAUGCCCUUGCCCUAGAUGACGCAGAUGGAGGGCCGGCUGUGUUUGUGCUGGGCUCCACUCUGGGGGGAGUCUUCAUUGGUCUCCUGGCGCUCGCCCUUAUCUUUGUGCUCUACCUGCGUCAAAGGAGAAACAGAGGCUUUGAACCUCUGAUAAAAGCAGACUUCACAAAUAGAAAGUACACAGAGGAAGCCUAG